AUGGCUAGGGAGAUUGAGAAGGAUUCACUGGCAAGAGAGGCACCUUAUGCACCUGUUACUUAUGAGAGACCUGUUCGUGAUGAUUUGGAUGAUAAAAUCCCGAAACCUUACAUGGCAAGAGGUUUGCAAGCUCCUGAUACAGAAUAUCCUUAUGGAACACCAGAACAUCAGCAUCACGGAUUGAGUGUCCUUCAGCAACAUGUGGCCUUUUUCGACAUAGAUGAAAAUGGAAUAAUUUACCCUUGGGAGACUUAUACUGGAUUGCGUGCAAUUGGUUUCAAUAUAAUUGCCUCUCUUAUAAUAGCUGUUGUUAUCAACGGAGCUUUGAGCUAUGCUACUCUUCCCGGAUGGUUCCCGUCUCCCUUUUUUCCCAUAUACAUACACAACAUACACAAAGCCAAACAUGGAAGUGACUCUGGAACUUACGACACAGAAGGAAGAUACAUGCCAGUGAAUUUCGAGAACGUUUUCAGCAAGUAUGCUAAUACAGUGCCAGACAAGUUAUCACUCCGAGAGCUCUGGGCAAUGACCGAGGGACAACGGAAUGCCUUUGACAUCUUUGGAUGGAUCGCAUCUAAAUCAGAGUGGGGGAUUCUCUAUGUUCUUGCAAGGGAUGAAGAAGGUUUCCUGUCCAAAGAAGCUAUGCGACGAUGUUUUGAUGGUAGUUUAUUCGAGUAUUGUGCCAGAAUGAACAUGGAUGCUGAGGCGAAGAUGCGCUAA